CGGCGUUCUUGUAAAUUAAAACCACUUCUGAGAUCAUGAUAAGGUUAGAGCAACUGCCCCUCAAGAUAUGUGUACGUUCCUGCAUCAGUGUACAGUGCUAUGGUGACACAGAUGGCUACCUUGACUGGAAGGGCAUUUGUAGCCCCAAGGCUUAUUGGUGUCCCAGUUCUCCCUGCAUUCUUCCCUUCCUUCCCUAGCCCUACCUGGGCUCCUGCACCUUCAUCCACAUGCUUUCAUGCUCGGUACCUGACUGCUGAACAGGGUAGAAGGUAUGGUAAAAUUCCAGAGUUUAAACUGAAACCAGCGAAAGUGGAGAAACAGGUGAAGCAUGAAGUUGAGAUUAAACACUCUAUGAAGGUGUCUGAACUUGCUCAGGCUAUGAACAAAGAUAUAGAUCAUGUAUAUGAGGCACUACUCAACACAGCUGUAGAUGUGGAUGAUCUGGAGCCAGACACUGUUUUGGAGGAAGUGUGGGUAAAGAAGGUGGUAAAAAUAUCUGGGAUGAAAUACAGAUGGGCUACGGUAGCGGAGACCAAAGUCAGAGAAAACAAAGAUAUCCAAAGACAACCUCCUCCAGAUCCUGCUGUCUUAGUGAAUCGACCUCCAGUAGUAACCAUUAUGGGCCAUGUGGAUCAUGGAAAAACUACACUGCUAGACAGCCUGAGGAAGAGUCAGAUUGUGGCCCAAGAGGCAGGGGGCAUCACUCAACACAUUGGAGCCUUUUUAGUUCAGCAGCCCUCUGGCCAGCUAAUUACAUUUCUGGACACCCCUGGGCAUAAAGCCUUUUCUGCCAUGAGAGCCCGUGGAGCCUUGGUUACAGACAUCAUCAUUUUGGUGGUUGCAGCUGAUGAUGGAGUAAAGAAUCAGACCAUUGAGUCCAUACAACAUGCCCAGAAAUCCAAAGUGCCAAUCAUUGUGGCAGUGAAUAAAUGUGAUAAACCUCAGGCAGACCCUGAGAAGGUGAAACGUGAUCUUCUGGCUCAUGAUGUUGUGUGUGAAGAGUUAGGAGGAGAUGUCCAGGCUGUCCACAUUUCUGCUUUAAAGGGGGAUAAUUUGUUGGAGCUGAUUGAAGCCACAGUAACACUUGCAGAGGUCCUGCAGCUGAAGGGAGACCCCUCAGGCCUAGUAGAAGGCAGUGUUGUUGAAAGCCGCACAGACAAGGGAAAAGGACCUGUAACAACAGCCAUAAUUAAUCGGGGCACUUUGAAAAAGGGCUGCGUGUUGGUUGCAGGGAAGGCUUGGGCUAAAGUUCGCUGGCUGUUUGAUGAGAACAGCAGAGCAGUGACACAAGCAGGGCCCGGCACUCCUGUUGAGAUUGUUGGCUGGAAGGAGCUACCCUCUGCUGGCGAGGAAAUACUGGAAGCAGAGACAGAGAAAAGGGCUCGGGAGGUAGUGGAAUGGCGCACAAACAUGCAAGAGCAGAACAAGUUGAAGGAGCACCAGAGCAUUAUUGAGGCCAAGCAGAAAGAGCACCAAGACAGCUAUAAUAAAGUGAGGCAAAGCCUCUCCCAUCUCAGCUGGAAGCAGAGAAGAGUUGCUUUGUACCAGGAAAUCAAGAAGCAAAAGGCCCACAGACCAAGUGAGGGAAGUGAGACUAAGGAGUUCAGUCUUCACAUCAUUGUCAAAGGUGAUGUCAACGGCUCAGUGGAGGCUCUUUUGAACAUACUUGAAAGUUAUGAUUCUGAUGAACAGUGCCAGAUGAAUAUAGUGCAUUUUGGUGUAGGAGACAUUUCAGAGAAUGACAUUAACUUGGCAGAGACUUUCUCAGGAACAAUAUAUGGAUUCAAUGUUGCAGCAAGUAAAUCGAUUCAGCAUAUGGCUGUAAAAAAGGGUAUUCACUUAAAGAUGCAUCGUGUCAUCUACCAUCUGAUAGAUGAUCUGAAAGAGGAGCUUAGCAGAAAGCUGCCCACAGUCAUUGAAGAGAAUAUAAUAGGGGAAGCUUCAGUUCUCACCACAUUUGAUGUGUCUGUUGGGAAGAAGAAGGUAAAUGUGGCUGGUUGCAGAGUCCAGAAAGGCCAUCUGGACAGGAACAUGAAAUUUCGGCUCAUUAGAGGAAAAGAUAUUCUGUGGGAAGGAGCUCCAACAGCACUAAAACAUCUUAAGGAUGAUGUACAUAUUGUGAAGGCAGGAAUGGAGUGUGGUCUGUCAUUGGACAUGGUCACUGAGUUUAAAGCUGGUGAUGUAAUUUUCUGCUAUGAAGAGAUUGAGAAACUGCAGAAAAUAUCUUGGGAUCCAGGAUUUUAAAGGACUACCUGAAAAACAGGGAAUUUUAUAAAUUUUAUGGAGAACAUUGCCUAAAAAUUAUGCCAUGUAUUAGUUAGAUAUUUUUCCUAUAUGAUUUUCUGAUUGGGUUUAAAGCAAUUUGGAAGCAAAUAGUAAAUGUCAUGAUUUUUAAAUAAAUGU